AUGGGAGACCUAAAAUUUUCUCUGAACGAUUUGGAAAGCCGAUCUUACAGGGAUUUACAGCAAUUGGCUAAGUCUUUAUGCCUACCUUCUAACGUUAAGAAAGUUCAUCUUAUUGAAAUGGUUCAUGCCAAAAAGUUUAAGACUGCUGUCGAAGUGGAAAACAUUGUACAAAGAGUGAAGAUGGAAAGACGUCAAUUAUCUCAGAUUCGGAAGAAUAUUACCAGGAAAAGGGUUCAUAUGCAGGGCAAAGAAGGAUCAUCUACAAAUAAAAACCUUUCCCCUCCUAUAAGUAACACUCCAAAACAUGCUGGCCACAUUUUAAUUGAAUAUAGCCCAAAAACUCAUCACACAAUCAUGAAAUACACCCAUGAACCCCUACUUCAUUCCCCCCACGUAAAGAAGACAUACUCUUCAAUAAAAACUGUUGACAGCAGUGACCGAAUCCUGAGAAGUUUUAAUAUCAAAAGGCAACUGAUGUCACAAGCAAGUAUAAACAGUAACAUUUUGAAAGUAAUCAAAAGUCAGAACACAAGAAAUUUAAGACCGGCUAUCACUCAGAGACAUAACUAUAUUCCUCAAGAAACAAGAAUUAAUUUGUUCAAUGAAAACAAUCUUUUUCAAAAAGUUAAUGUGACUGCCAAAUGUUUGGGUAAGAAACCCAUUGUGUACAUGCAGAAUCCUUAUUCUAGAGAGACCGCAAUAGCUAAUGAAUCUAGACUGCAAGUUAUUACAGUGCAAGAUAAAUCAGUAAGUUAUGUUACAAAUGCAACCCAGACAUUACCUGUAAUAAAACAAAAAAGGAGGCUCAGCGGAAUCUACCCUAUUGUCACUAAAGAAUCCACUCCAAAUGUAAGUUAUGAAUACAUUCAGAGUAUCGGUUUUCGACGAAGCGAUGGCAAGAUAUCUAAAAUCAAUGCAUUAGUGCAGAAAAACUUGAACAAAGAACAGUGUGCUUCUUCAUGUAGGAAUAUAGAUUUGACCGUUCAAGACUUGAUUAAUUCAAAUAUAGAUUCUCAAAAUCUAACAGAUUGUGUAGUCCAAGAUUCUACAACCAACAUGCAAUAUCCAAAUAUGAGUAGCUUAGAAUAUAUGCCAUCUUGCAGUCAGAAACAAAUUAAUUACUUUGGUAUGUCUAAUGGCGCUUGCAAAGAAAAUGAAUAUUCACAUUCAUCUGUAUAUUAUCACAAGAAGAUCAGAGGUGAACAGAUAAGGUCUCAAAGGAGAAUCAGUGUUCAAAAGGACAGGAAUAAUACAUCUACAUAUGAUGAAGAAAGGUUGCCGAGAAUCAACGAGGUUUUUAGCAGAUUUAGUGAUGUUCAUGAAAAGGAUCUCACGCAACCAAUUUAUGUUCAAGUCAGCAAAGAGUCGGAGAGAAUACUGAACUACCCAAUAUUCGUGUCAAAAGCCAACAAUACCAAUAUGUUGGAGAGCAUGUACAACUUCAAGAACCAAUUCGUAACAAAUCAACCGCUUUUACAAGUAGCUACCACAACUGCAACAAAGUGUGUUUAUAGUACUCCGGUAAUUGCCACUGCAAUGGCGCAGGCAUCCACAGCUACGGUCGACGCUUACUAUGUGUCCCCGUGCGAGCGGGAUAGCCAAUGCAGUAAUGAGGCAAAGAUACCAAGGAUCUAUGAUUUUCUGGCGAUGGCAGAACAAGAUUCUAGACGUUGUAAUGGAUAUAAUUCCAUACUAGAAGAUUUCAGUACAUCUACAUCGCCGUUGGACAGAUCAAGCUUGCAGCAGGCUAAUAUUCCUGAAAUGGUAGAAGACGCUCUGGAAAUAAUAAGCCAAGAUGGGGAUUAUUUGGAGCGAAUAGGAAUGGAUGUUAGGAUGCAGUGCAUACUCUGUUCCUGGGCUGGACCCAGGAUCAUACUCGAGUAUCACAUCAGAAAGGACCAUCCAAAUCAAAUCCAUAAACAAGACAAAAGCGAAUGGAACAUCACAUACACUCUAGGAAACCUAGUUCAACAACAGCUAUGGUUCAGUCAAGUCAUAGAGUAUGAGAAUUCUCUAUAUGUUCUCAGCGCUAAAUACGAAGACCCAGAUUACUUUAUGGCUGUGCUUACGAUGCUCUCCGCAGAUAAUGCACCUAAAACUGCCACAGUAACGAUAUACAAUAAAGUUUCCGGUGAACCGUACACUUGGUCCGGUAGUCUAGAACUACUUCCGCCUACUUUACCCUACUAUGUGGACCGAGUCUGCUUAAAACUGGAAAUAUCCAGAUUGAAUUUAUUACCCAAUAGUGCUAACAUAAAAUUGUUGAAUCGCGAACUAGUUCUUCGCUCACAGAAUAAAGUUGUAGUCGGUCAUCCCGAGUUGAAUGACAUACAAAUAAUUCUGUUUGUCAGUAUUUUUUAUUGA